UCGAAUAUUUUCAUUCGAAUCAUUCUGUUCAUUCCAGAAUUAUUCUGGAAUGAUGCUGGCAUAAACAUAAUAAUUCCGUUUCUACCUAAUUUUGUUUUUGCGUGUUAGCAGUUUGAAACUGUCAUUCUCUUGUUGGAAAAGUAAACAUCUUUCCAAAAUCAAAUAUUGAAAAUUCCGUGUCCUUGUUCGUGGCGUUUGUGACAAGCAAAAGUCCCUGCGGAGGCGUUUUCCAACACGUACCAGAUACCCUGGAGUGGACCUCGCGCUGGCCUACGAGAUAUUCGGUGACUGGAUGGCGGAACAAUUUUCGGUGGCCGUCAACCGAUGGGGGUGACUGUUUGUGUGGUCACCGGCAGGACGGAUCAGCUACUGGUGGUACAACGGUUGCAGACGCGGCCACACAUUGUGGUGGCGAUGCCGUGCCGGUUGGCGGCCCAUUUGACCGUGUGCAACACACAUUUGUUCCGUGCAUUACAGUUUCUAAUAGUGAACGAGGCGGACUGGAUGCUGAGCGGAAGUCUCGACAACGAUUUGAAGGCGAUUGGGCGGUUUCUGUCGGAGACGCUGGAUCAGAGGUACAUUUGUGUGUGGCCUACGAUCGGAACAUGGUGCUGAUUGAGACGCUGAGGAAGUUUAAAAGGAACACGAGGAUGCGAAUGUGCCAGGUUUUGUCGUUGACGUUGAACAAGAUCGGGUUCGAUAAAGUUUGUUUGCUUGGAUCUCUGCAACAGGAAAUCGAAGCACGUGAUAAUCUUGAUUGCCACGGAUGUGACAACUGGUGGCUUGGACAACCCGAACGUUCAACUUUUGCUAAAUCACUGAUUGCCCAAGGUUCCAAACGAGUACAUUCGCCGGGUCGGUCGCACAGCUCGAGUUCGCCGGAAUGGCCUUGUGAUUCCAAUCUUCCGAUUCUCGCGCGAUCUGGAAUUUCUGGGGGGAAAUUGAGCUCUAAUCAACACGAAGCUAACGGAACAUCUGGUGUCAAGCAUAUCUUCAUGCAGGUCAGCGUGGCGCAUGCACUCCCGGUUAUCUGGUACGCGGCAGAAAACGCCUCCGCAGGGACUUCUGCUUGCAACUAACGACGACGGAACGAACCCUCGAUGCAUAAAAACAGUUCCACAAAGGGCGAAUAUUUUAGUCAGUGGACGACGGAUCGCGUUCGCGAGGAAGGCGUCAAGUUUUGGCCCAAGAAAAAAAUGCGUGACUUUAAAAUGUGUAGGUCACGUCCCAUUACGAUCAGCUAUCUACCCAACAGAACGCCGGUUCUGCUUAAACUGGUAGAGGAUGUCGGUUGAGAUUAGCUCGCGUAAUGAUAAUAUCUGAAGUUCAGUACGAAGGCGUCACGAUCCCGAGCCAUCGAACGCAGCUACAACGCCGACCCAAUUUCCACCUGCGAGUUUUCC